ACUCCACCAAAUAAAGCAGAACACUUUUUCUUUUUAACUUGUUUUUUAACCAUUCUCUGUCAUCUUUUUGUGCUCUAUAUAAAUUAAUUAUCAUAUUUUCUUGUGUCCUAAACUUUGUGUUUUCUACAAAAGAGAUAGGGUCAAUGAAGAGCAAGUUCUUUCUGUGUUUUCGUCCCAUUGUCGAGGACUCUGUUCUUCACAACCACGCUGUUGAUCACUCUUCUUCAAGUAUUAUCACAAAAAGACGUGAGAAAAAUGAUCAAUUGUUUGAGCCGAAAUGCAGCAGGCAAAAUAGAAGGGACAAGUUUUUCAAAGCAUUAAAAGGUCAAUCAAGGAAGCCAGAAAAAAUGAUCUUGAAGGGUAAUAGUAACCAUCAAAAGGAAAUUACUUCAAUUGGCACUUUAUCCAAGGGAAAUCAGUCAUCAAGGAAAAGUUCAUACAACCACAGAGAAGCCACAACAAAUACUUCAACAUCAUGUGAUGAAAUCAAGAAAUCUAGUACGAGUGUUAAUUUGAUUGUUUUCACCUUAUUUUUGACCAUUUAUUUUGGUAGGGUUUAUGCUAUAUUUUUAACGUCAUUAUGGGUUCUAUUGUUCUCCCUGGUGCCGAAGUCAAUUUGCAGUACCCUGAUAAAAUUGUUAUUAGCUGGAUUUGUAGAAGAAAACAAAGCUAUAAUGUUGCUCUUUAAUUUUGAGAUGGGAAAGGAAAAACACAUGCAAUGUACAGAUACAAAAACCUAGUAUGCCCGACAUUUCUUUUGU